UUAUUUCCUCUGAGUAAGCGGCUCAGGAACUUUGCUAACUGUGCCAGUGAGGGGUCUGGAGUGCAAGGUGCCGCCUGUAGUGACACAGUCGCCCGCCAGCCCUCCGGAGCCCAGGCCAUGCCAGGAGUGGGGGUUGGAGGGUGAACUCCCUCCCAGCCUCCCGCCUGGGCGCCCCUGGCUUUCUUGCCCUGGCCUCCUUCUUUGCACACUGGCAGCGCGGACUGAGGCACCCAGGAUCCCCUCGGAGUUGCGCAGGGCUGCUACGCUGGGGGCGGGCCGCGCCGAGGCCGGAGGCGGAGGGGGUCGGACCCUUGGCUUCAGCCCCAGGGGGCGGUGCAGGGCGCGAGCGGUCUGGGUCCCUCCCAGGCGCACGCAGAACAGGCGACGCCCGGGGCCGCGGAGUCAUGGACGGCAGCGGGCCCUUCGGCUGCCCCAUCUGCCUGGAGCCGCUCCGGGAGCCGGUGACGCUGCCCUGCGGCCACAACUUCUGCCUCGCCUGCCUGGGCGCGCUCUGGCCGCACCGCAGCGCGGGAGGCGCGGGUGGCUCCGGAGGGGCAGCCCGCUGCCCGCUGUGCCAGGAGCCCUUCCCCGACGGCCUGCAGCUCCGCAAGAACCACACGCUGUCCGAGUUGCUGCAGCUCCGCCACGGAUCCGGACCCGGGCCUAUGCCCACCCCGGCUCCCACCCCGGCCCGGUGCCCAACGCCGGAGCCCUCGGCGCCCAGCGCGCCGCCCAGCGCCACGGAGCCGUCGGCCCCCAGCGCGCCCCCGUCCUGGGCGCCAGCAGAGGAGCCCGUGCACUGCGACGCGUGCCCGGAGGGCGCGGCCCUGCCCGCCGCGCUCUCCUGCCUCACCUGCCUCGCGUCCUUCUGCCCCGCGCACCUGGGCCCGCAUGAGCGCAGUCCCGCGCUGCGCGGGCACCGCCUGGUGCCGCCGCUGCGCAGGCUGGAGGAGAGCCUGUGCCCGCGUCACCUGCGGCCUCUGGAGCGCUACUGUCGCGCCGAACGCUUGUGCCUGUGUGAGGCCUGCGCUGCCCAGGAACACCGCGGCCACGAGCUCGUGUCGCUGGAGCAGGAGCGCGCGCUUCAGGAGGCUGAACAGCCCAAAGUCCUGAGCGCUGUGGAGGACCGCAUGGAUGAGCUGGCUGCUGGCAUCGCACAGUCCCGACGCACGGUGGCCCUCAUCAAGAGUGCAGCUGUGGCAGAGAGGGAGCGAGUAAGCCAGCUGUUUGCUGAGGCUGUGGCCACCCUGCAGAGCUUCCAGAAGGAGGUGCUGGGCUUCAUUGAGGAGGGUGAGGUCCUCAUGCUGGGUCGCUCCCAGGGAGACCUUCGGCGACAAGAGGAACAGCGCAGCCGCUUGAGCAGGGCCCGCCAGAGCCUCAGUCAGGUCCCUGAGGCGGACUCCGUCAGCUUCCUGCAGGAGUUUCUGGCACUACGGCUGGCCCUGGAGGAGGGGUGCGGCCCUGGGCCCAGCCCCCCAAGGGAGCUCAGCUUCACCAAGUCAUCCCAAGCUGUCCGGGCAGUGAGAGACGUGCUGGCCUCAGCCUGUGCCAGCCAGUGGGAGCAGCUGCGGGAACAGGGUGGUGACCAGGAUGGACUGCAAAAGCUGGGCUCAGAAGCUGAUGCCGAGUCUCAGGACCCCGAUAGCACCAACCUCCUGCAGAGUGACGCACCCAGGGACUAUUUCCUCAAGUUUGCCUAUAUCGUGGACUUGGACAGUGAUACAGCAGACAAGUUCUUGCAGCUGUUUGGAACCAAAGGUGUCAAAAGGGUACUGUGUCCCAUCAACUACCCCGAGUCACCUACCCGCUUCACCCAUUGCGAGCAGGUGCUGGGUGAAGGCGCCAUGGACAGAGGCACCUAUUACUGGGAGGUAGAGAUCAUCGAGGGCUGGGUCAGCAUGGGGGUCAUGGCCGAAGGCUUCUCCCCACAAGAGCCCUAUGACCGGGGCCGGCUGGGUCGCAACGCGCAUUCCUGCUGCCUGCAGUGGAAUGGACGCAACUUCUCUGUCUGGUUCCACGGGCUGGAAGCGGCCCUGCCCCACAACUUCUCGCCCACAGUUGGGAUCUGCCUGGAGUACGCCGACCGUGCCCUGGCCUUCUAUACUGUGCACGAUGGCAAGAUGAGCCUCCUGCGGCGGCUGAAGGCAUCUCGGCCACGCCGGAGCGGCGCCUUGGCCUCCCCCACUGACCCCUUCCAGAGCCGCCUGGACAGCCACUUUGCAGGGCUGUUCACCCACAGGCUCAAGCCUGCCUUCUUCCUGGAGAGUGUGGAUGCCCAUGUACAGAUUGGACCUCUCAAGAAGUCCUGUAUAACUGUGCUGAAGAGGAGGUGAUGCAGGCCGGCCACCUCCUGCAGCCACCCUGGUGUGCGUAGGCUUGCGUCUGGGUUCCAUCUUGUCCCCAAGGAAGGCAUCAGCCUUAGAGUCCACACAAAAGGCCUCCACCUGGCUCUCAGGGAGGAGGCCCCCCCACCAAACCUUGUUUUGGGGAGAGUGAAUUUAAGCUGGGACAGAUCCAACCCUCUCCUUUUCUAGGUUUCUAGAACAAUGCCUGGCACACAAUAGGUGCGCAAUAAACAUUUGUUGAGUGAAGGAUCCCUUUUUCACCCCUUUCCCUAGCCACCAAGAAUUCAGACUCCUUAACUUUCUUUUUUCCUUUUUUUCUGAACUCAAGGCCUUUGCACUGAGCUACAUUUUUAGUGCUUUUAUUUUGGGACAAGGUCUUGCUAAGUUGCUCGGGUUGGGUUUGAAUUUGAGAGCUCAGCCCCCCAGAGCACUGGGAUUGUAGACAUGGGCCACGUUGCCCAGCUUCUCAGCUUUGCAGGGCUGGCAGGUGGGAAAAGUCUCUCACCUAGGAGAAGGGGACUGAAACAGGGUGCCUCAAGGGACUUCCGCUCCCUGAUUCUCGGCAGGGUAGACAGAAGUGGGUUCUCCCAUAGGGUCCAGCCACAGGGCCCUGGUGUUGUCCUGGUUGCCCCAGUGUUUGCUUUGAAUGGCCUGGCUCCCGCUGCUGUUUUCAUGCCUGAGCCCACAGCCAGUUCUGGGCCCGCCUUUUGCUGGCUGUGCCCAGAAUUAAACAUAGACUUCAAGCCCCAAGAGCAGGGCAGGACCCCUGGGUGUGGCCAAGGAAGCUGGAGACCUGGGCUUCCUUCGCAUACGCCAUCUCAGCCUAUGGAGAGACACAGCCAAGACCAUCCCAGGGUGUGGCUGGAGCCCAGCACAGUGUCCUCAGUCCGCCAGCUGUGUGCCUCCACAGUGCUGGUUCUCCAGCUGGGCUCCCGGGACCCUGUGCUGCAGGAGAGCCUCUGGCUGGCUUUCAAGAGUUGCCCUCUCAGCCUGGGUUACAAAUGAACUCAAGACCAGGCUGAACUGCGGAGCAAGACCCUGUCUCAAAGAGAGAAAAAAAGUUGCCCUUUGCUGCCCCCAAUUCUCCUGCCCAGCCUGCAUUGCCCCUGAGUCCAGCCGAGCUGCCUGCUUGGGUUCUCCAUGGUCCAGAUGUACCCUGAGUAGAUCCAGAGGGCAAGCAGCAGAGAGGCUUCCUAGCCGCCAGCCAAGGUCAGAGGGGACAAUGGGUGAGUUAUGCAGCCAGACAGCAAGGCCAUACAAGUCCUGCCCCAGCCGCCUCCCUCAGCAGCUAAAAAUAUCCCCUCCCGCAGAGCAGGCCUGGGCCCUAGCAGCCAGGAUGUUGUUUUUCCAGGUGGGGCCUCCCUGAUCCUGGGGCUUUGUGUUCUGAACCCGUUCCUGUGGCAGCCACAGGUCCCAAGGUUCAGGUCACUCUCCAAGGCAGUAAGUGGGAAGCUGCUCCACCAGCGGGGGCCAAGAGGGCUUCCUAGACCCCUUCCCCACCAGCUGCCACCUCCCACCAUCCAGCCCAGCCCUAGGCCACCCGCCCUGUCCCAUCUCCCCCACCUUGGCACCCCACAUGCUGCCCUUUUGGAGCCCUCUGCUCCCUGACCUGAAGGAAGUUCUGACAUGUCAGGACACAGGAGCUUGACAGCCAAGGGCCUGCCUAGCUGAUCACAUUAAUGGCCACAGCCUCACAGGGUGCCACUUACAGAGUGACUUCUAGCUCAAGACUGUCUGGCAUGGGACUGUGAAAACCAGUGUCUCUGUUUGUUUGUUUGUUUUGAUACAGGGUCUCCCCAGUCCAGGCUGGUCUCGAAUUCAGCAGUCCUCCUGCCUCAGCCUCCCAAGUGUUGAAAUUUAGGCAUACGCCACCAUACGUGGUUCCUUCAACAUUUUCAUCAGAGAAUAUGUUGUGUUUCUUUCAAGAUUGCUUGAAAAAGAAAGAUGGUUUAAAAAAAAAAUGUUAGAGAACCAUAGAUCUAGUUGGGAUGUUGCCAUUAAUAGGUAGAAAAGCUUAGGCCAAGAGGUGGGAAGGAGCCCACUGAGCUGCCCAACCCAAGAUGCCAUGGCAGAGGUGUGCUCUGCACUUGGAGACGUCUAAACACACAUGUGCUCACAGCCCUGCUUCCCAGCCUCCCAACCUGUGUGAGACCUGUUCUCAGCCAGCCUCAGUUCCCACGCUGCAAGCCUGGCAGGGCUGCCCGAGGGUCUGCGGACUCAGACACUCCCACUGCCAGAGCCCCCAGCAGUCCCAGACAACUGCAGCUGAGGGGUGGAGGCUGGGGUUAUGGUGCUGCAAGCUGAAUACAGUUCCUUGGGGCCAGGCUCGGAGCCAGCCUCCACUUGAGCUCUGUGUCUGUGGGAAAACAAGCUGCAGAGCUCUCAACAACUGGCUGAGAAAUGGCCUCAGCACUGUUCCCCUGUAGGCAGCCACAGAGGUCCUGCAGCCUUCACUGCCCAGGGCCUCCCCAAGCUCUAGGAGGCAAGAGGCCCAUUGUCCUCUCCUGGCCCUCCUCUGUGCCUUCCCAAGUCCCAAGGAACACUCCUCUCCUCCCAGGCAGAGAGGGUGAGGCUGACCUGAGGCUGGACCAAGAUCAUUUGAAGUUGUCUCUAUUGGGCUCAAGCUUGUUUUUUGUCCCAGGCAAGGAAAGAGCAUCGCACUGCAAGGUCAGUGUCCCGUUCAGCCCCACACCCAGCACGUACUGCCCGUAUUCAUGGUCUGGAACACAAGACUGGGCCCUUUCUGAGCCAGGCAGCAGGGCUGGGGCCAUGCUGGGGGUACAGUGCUUGUCAAGCCUGUAAGAAGUUCAGUGUCUUUACCAAAAGUCCUUUAGAAAAGGGACAACAGACGGAGCUCAUGCCACCGACACAGGCUCAGCAGUAGACAGAGCUAGGCCAGGAGCAGGCAGGCAAUAGUCUUUGGCAAUUUGUGUACCUUAAAUAACAUUAAAAAUCUGAAUUUUACUUCAUAA